AUGAAUCUCCAAACUUCUAACCUAUUCCUCUUAAUUGUUCUUUCGUGUUUGCUGACAUUUACUAUUAUUGUUGAUGGUUCUAAAGAUAAGCAUACUACUACGAUUACUGAAACAGGAUCUUCUACAGCAACUGUCACAAUAACCUGCUCUUCUGGAUCCGCACCCACUGGAAUUAGUUGCAAUGUUCAAAAUAAUCUGCGCCGCAAACAACCUAAAUUCACAGAAACUGUCACUUGUACACCUACAACUACUAUAUGUGCUGUACAAACUCCGCCAUGCUGUCAAGGACCUGGUACUGCAGGGUGGCAAGGCAAAUUUCAUUUAAUAGUAGGCAAGGAAGAAGACAUAUUUGAAAUUAAUGGUAUUACUAGUCCCCAAGCAUGUUGUGAAAGCUGUCUUGCUGACCCGGAUUGCCUUCAGUGGCUUUUUACAGACUCAUGUAUAAAUUAUAAAAACAUCGCUAGUGGAGACCUUUGUUUGAGUUCUUUGGUGGAUACAUUUAGUAAUACUGGAACUAUUCGUUGUAGUGGCGAUAGUUUAAAUUGUCUUCCACAAUAA